AGUGCAUAUUCGCCGACAGCCGCCGCCACCAGCCAGGGUUGACAGUUUGUAUCUUUCAAAUUUAAAUCCGGAAUCGCAUCCGUCACACGCUGCUUCACUUGACCUUAUUUUCUUGAUUAAAAGUCGCAUUUCUAUACAAAAUGAACGACUCAAUUUUAUAUAUCAACGAAUCGAAGGUGAAGAAACUCCUCAAUUGGGAUGACACCUGCAAGGCAGUCGAAACGGCCCUCAGAAUGCAGUUUCUGAAGAAAGCCAUCCAGCCACCACGACUGGUUACCUCCACCCCCGAUGGUCUCACCCUUUACAUGAUGCCUGGAUAUCUACACGAUGGUAUCGCGGGCGUUCUUGCCUGUAAGAUGGUCACCGCUACAGAUAACACGCUACAACCCAGACCUCUACCGAAUCUGAUGGCAAACAUCUCCAUCUUCAAUGAUACCACCGGCGAAUUGAACGCGAUUAUUGCUGGGACUGAGAUUACAAAAUGGCGCACCGCGGCCGCGUCUGUAAUUGCAACAAAACAAUUCCUCCCACCUACGUACAGGGUGCUUGCUAUUCUGGGCGCUGGUGCACAGGCGGAAAUUCACGCCCUGGCGUUCAAGAAAUAUUUUAAUUUCCAACAGAUCCGCAUAUGGAAUCAUAACAUCCUGCGGGCGCACAUGUUGAGCGCUCAAUUGAACAUGAUAUUCCAGGAGAAUCUGUGCAUUGUGAGUAGCUCACUGCAGUAUUGUUUGGAGGAAGCCGAUGUGAUAAUAACAGCUACAUCGUCAUUCGAACCAUUGAUCUAUUUGGACUGGAUUAAACCCGGUGUUCAUAUUAAUGCCGUUGGUGUUUAUGAAGGUCAAGUAAAAGAGAUCGGUUUACCUGUGUACAAAGUAGCAGAUCUCUACGUUGAUUCAGAGGAAAACGCUGCUGUUGAGAUGAAGGAUAUUCUCGCCGAAGGGGUGGACAUCAAGGGUGAACUUGGUGGCAUUAUCGAAGGCGUGGUGCCGAGACCUAACAAACCGCGAGUUACAAUCUUCCAGAGUCUCGGAAUGGCUUCCGAGGAUUGUGCCAUGGCUGGGCUCGUGUACAACCGGUACCAGAUGUCCUUGGAAGUGGACUAAACACGGGAUAAUAAUCUCGGAAUAAAACGUUUUGGACUCUGAACUGUGUAUAUCUGUAUAUAAAUUCAAUGUAAUCAUGAUCAAAUAAAUCUUUCGGCCGAUU